CUGAAAUAUGAGCCAAGCGGUUAACGCCUCCACGCAAAAUGUGGUGAUCUACGACUUCGCCUGGCCCCUUCUGGUGUCCCUGUUCGAGGUGAGCCUGUACCGGAUCGUCCUGGAGCUGGUGGCCCACAUCCUGCUGGUGGUGCUGGCCCUGGUGGUGGUCAUUAAGUCCCGGGGCAUGAACGACCACCGGAGUGGAAAGCACGCAGUCUACUCCACCCUGGGCCUGCUGCUCUGCGUGGGCGAGACCCUGCUGGUGAGCCACUCGUGGUGGCUCCACGAGCUGACCACCAGGAAGCGGCUGGUCCUGCUGCACAUGGCCCUGGGGAUGGUGGGCAUCUGGCUGGGAUCGGUGGGCAUCUUCCUGAAGAGUUGGGCCAAGAGCAGGAAGCAGGAGGGAGAUCGGCACUUCGCCUCCAAACACGGAUGGUGUGGCCUGCUGGGAAUCCUGCUGAUCGGUGGUUCGCUGGCCACCGGACUCGUGCUCGUCUACCUGAGCCACCUGGCGCUCCACUUGCUCCACCGGGUGGCGGGUCUUUCCGGCUUCGUGUGCCUCUGCUGCAGCCAGUGGUUCGCCCUCAACUUGGGAUUCGCCAGAAGGGAAUGGAACUCGCAGCAGAUCAAGUGGCUCAAGGUCGCCACCUUGGGAGCCACCAUCGCGGUCAGCGGCUACGAGGUCCUCUGUCUCUCCAGGGACAUCGUCCAUCUGCUCCGAUAUUUCACAGCCAUGGGGCUGAGCAUGAAGGACCUUUCCAACCUCAUCUUAGAGUGAUCUUUGGGUA